AUGUGGAAGCGUGUUUUGAAACAUAGCUAUUUCAGGAAACGAUCAUUUAAAACAUCACAAAUUCGCAAAUAUAACAGCAGUUUCUCGCCUCAAUUCGAGCACUUUCUCAACACACAGGCGAACAUGAAUUGUUCCCACUUGACAACAGGUCUAGUCGUGGCCAAUGAGGAAAGGGAGAGCUUCAAUUCCUGCGUCGGAAUAUUUAUUAACGCCGGUUCUAGAUAUGAAUUAGCACAGGAAAAUGGGGUCGCGCAUUUCUUCCAACAUAUUUGCUUCAAGGGAACUAACAAGAGGCCGAAAAAUGUACUCGAAAAUGAGAUUAGCGGAAUUGGGGCAAAGUUGAAAUGUUUCACAAAUCGCGAGCUAGUCGGUUUCUAUGCAGAAUGUUUGAACGAGCAGGUACCUCAAGUUGUGGACAUUUUGACCGACUGUAUUUUUAACAACGCUUAUUCCAGUUCCGAUAUCGAAAUUCAGAAAUGCGUAGUUUACCAAGAAAUGUUAAAAUACGAUACUGAUACAUAUAAGGUCAUAAUGGAUUACCUCCACACUGGUGCGUUUCAAGGCACAUCCUUAUCUCAAAGUGUGAUGGGGCCCAGUUACAACCUAUACAAUUUCAGCGAGCAGACAAUUAAGUCAUACGUGAACAAAAUGUUUGUACCAUCAAAAAUUAUCUUAGCCUGUGCGGGGGGAGUGAAACACGACCAACUGUUAGGUUUGGCAAAUACAUAUGUUAACAAAUAUGACGCCGCUAGAUGCCCUAGCUACAGUCCGUACAGAUUCACUGACGCCGACAUUCGUUACAGGGAUGAUUCCCUUGAAGUGGGUCAUAUAGCAAUGGCAUUCGAAGCACCGCCGUUUCAGCAUGAGGAUCGUCUUGCUUUGGAAUUAGCCUCGGCGGUUGUCGGAGCGUGGGAUAGAUCUCAAGCUGGUGGGAGUAAUCAUGCUGGAUACCUUGCCCAAGCCGCUGCGUCAGGGUUGGCCAAUUCUUUCGAAUCUUUUUACACCACUUAUAAAGACACGGGUCUCUGGGGAAUACAUUUCGUAUCACCUCGUAUGCACAUUGACGACAUGAUAAAUUGUAUUACUCAUGAAUGGAUGAAUUUGUGCAAUUGCGUCACGAACGCACAGCUGCUGAAGGCGAAGCUAGCAAUGAAGUACAAAAUUAUUCUACUUAAUCAAAAAGCGGAGGACACUUGCAAAGAUAUAGCUAAAUGGGUCCAUUUCACGGGAUGUGUAUCCACAAUGCAAGAAAAAUUUCGUGCUAUUGACAACAUCAGUGCUGAGGAAGUGAGGAGAGCGUGUCAAGCGUAUAUCUAUAAUAGUUGCCCUGUGGUUGGCGCUUAUGGAGCCAUUGAGCAGUUAUAUCUCAGCAGUAGAUUAAUGGCCGGGACGUACUGGCUAAAAGUGUGA